AUGAGGUCUUCUUGCCGUAUUUUACGACAUCUACCUACCCCAGAGACGGUUCUGACGAGAGAUCUUUUUCUAUUAUUUCCACAAGUCAGCUCCGUAAAUAAGGUCUCUUACCUGGGAAGAAAACCUUCGUUCUAUUCCAGAAUAGUCACUGAUUACAAACCUGACGAAGCAUCUCAAGGCAGAAAAUACCGAAACACCUACAUAAAAGAGACUUUGGAACAUGACUUACAUUUCAGAAAGCAUCUUGAGUCAAGGACAGAUCAUAUCCAGAAUUUCUUGGGUCCGGACUUCAAACUUGACUUCAAUGACCUUCUCUGCAUCCUCUGUGGCAUUUCAGACAUAACAAUCGACUUGGGAACCGAAAAGAUCAGUCUAAAUAAUCCCGUCUUUCCAAAUUUGCAUGUGGAACACAAUAGGCUCCGAGACAUGGGCGAACGCUUCUUCAGUCUUCAUUGCAUGAGCUCUACUGUUUUCGCCGAUCUACAACAUCUUACAGCAUCUCAAAUGGAACUUGAACACUCUCUCAGCUGUCUAGAUGACACAAAAUUACUUAUAACCGAGUUUAUGAGGAAAAACAACCUCUACGAUUGCCUAAUACCAUAUAGAGGAGCAACUUCAGGUUUACCUCUAGAUCAGAAAGAGUACGAUCGUCUUCGAAGUCAAAUUAAGGACGACACGGCUGUGGCUAGUUUUUACACUAUGUUGGGCGUCAUGAAUGCUCGGUUUGGUUCUCAGAAAGUACUUGACGGGCUCUGGAAUCCCAUAAUCAUGUCUUCGGACAAGGGCAUACUUGACAUCAUAACAGCAAGGCUUACAGGUUCCGACAAUUAG